AUCAGAGAAAACCUUUCAAAACCAGUAGAGGGAAAGCCAUCCAUUCCCUGUGUCCUUCACUCCGGCUCCCCAACACUAGUUACCACCAACAACAACCCGAAGAGAAAAACAUCAAGAUGGCACCUAUCUUCAUCAAGACGAUUUUAAUCAGUGAAAGUGUUGACCCUCGCUGCAAGACUAUUCUGGAGGAAAAUGGCAUCCGAGUUACGGAAAAACAGAAUAUGAAAAAGGAUGAAUUGAUGGCGGAGAUUAAGGACUACGAUGGCCUUGUGGUUAGAUCUGCAACGAAGGUAACAUCUGAUAUCAUCAAUGCUGCUAAUCUCAUAAUCAUUGGGAGAGCUGGAACUGGUGUGGACAAUGUGGAUGUUGAUGCUGCCACCAAAAAGGGUAUUAUUGUAAUGAACACACCAAGCGGUAACACGAUCAGUGCUGCCGAGCUGACAUGUGCCUUGCUGAUGAGCCUCUCAAGAAAUGUGCCUCAAGCUGCAAUGUCGAUGAAACAAGGGAACUGGGAUCGCAAAAAGUUCAUGGGUGCAGAGCUGUAUGGCAAGGUACUCGGAAUAGUUGGACUUGGAAGAAUUGGAAAGGAAGUUGCCUCAAGAAUGCAAUCAUUUGGCAUGAGGACAAUUGGCUAUGAUCCAAUCACUCCUCCUGAGGUGACUGCCAGCUGGGGGGUGGAGCAGAUGUCUCUGGAGCAGCUGUGGCCCCAGUGUGACUAUAUUACUGUCCACACUCCCCUAAUGCCCUCUACGGUUGGUCUGCUUAAUGAUGAAACGUUUGCUAAAUGCAAGAAAGGAGUAAAGGUUGUGAACUGUGCACGAGGGGGCAUAAUCGAUGAAGCUGCUCUCCUCAGAGCUCUGGAGUCCGGACAGUGCGGAGGAGCAGGACUUGAUGUCUUUGUUGAGGAGCCUCCUAAGAACCGCUCAUUGGUCGACCAUCCUAAUGUCAUCAGCUGUCCUCACCUGGGAGCCAGUACGACGGAGGCUCAGGCUCGCUGUGGGGAGGACAUCGCUCUGCAGAUUGUGGACAUGGUGAAGGGCAAGAAGCUGGUUGGAGCAGUAAAUGCACAGGUUCUGGCCAGCACGUUCUCCCAGGAAUCUCACCAAUUGAUCAAACUGGGAGAAGCUGUCGGAGCUGUUCUGCAAUCAUGUGCUACUUCUUCUAAGAAAAUGUAUAAACAUGUCCAAAUCACUACUCAAGGGGAUUGCAUGAAGUCCUCCACUGGUUACAUGACUUCAUCAGUACUGGUUGGACUGCUGAACCAUGAAUCUGGCUGCUGCCCGAACCUCAUCAACGUACUCAGCUUAGCCAAGGAGUCUGGAAUCACGGUGAACCAGAACCACUGUGCAUCUGACGGGGCUGCCAGUGGCGUGUGUAAGGUGGAGAUUGUGGCCAACGGCAGCAGCUACAAAGCCAGUGGCUCAGUUCAAGGUGGUGUGCCAGUCCUGUUGGAGCUGAGCGACAGUGUGUUCAAACAGCCGGUCUCUCUCACUGGAAACUUGCUGUUCUUCAAGGCCUCUGCAAGUCCUCAGCUCCUAUCUUCAUUGGCUGGACUUUUGGCCACAGAGGGAGUGGAGAUUGAGUCCUACAGUGCUCCUGCAGACCGCACCGGGGAUCUGUGGUAUUGUGUGGGGUUGUCCUCUCUCCUGCGAGACCUCAGUGCCUUGAAUCCUUUGGUAAAGGAGGCUGCACAGCUCACUAUUUAAAUGGCCGCAGCAAUGCUAUCUGAAAAACCUCUUUUUGAGAGUGUCUGAAUAUAAUUGAUCCAUCUUGGUUUUAGCAUUUACAACUAACAGCUUUGUUUAGAAGUUGAACAUUUGCGGUUUAAAACUUACAUUUUGAUAACAUUCCAGUGUUUAGAUACUUUACAUGAACUUUGUUAAAGUAAAAAUAUAAAUAAAAAUGUUUCAGUGUCA